AUGGACGACAACAUCUCCAAUUUCAUGUCCAUCACGGGCACAAGCACCGAUGUCGCGCGGAGCUUUCUCGAGAUGACUGCGGGUAACUUUGAGCGUGCCAUAGAACUCUUCUUCGAAAACCCCGAUCUCGUUUCCGGCGUAGGAGCUGGCCUUUCUUCAAGCAACCAGCCAGCCGCUGCCCCCGCGACAAUAUCGGCUUCCAGAGGCAACAUUGGCAGGCAAGAUUCGGCGGGCGUCAUUCACAUCGAUAGUGACGAUGACCAGGAUAUGCAGAUCGAAGACUUUAGCGACAAUGAUGACGAUAACGAGAGAGCCGUCGCAGCUCAAGCGGCCGCUCUAGCCCAAGAAGAAGAAGAUAUGGCAAUGGCAAAGCGAUUGCAGGAGGAGCUAUACCAAGGAAACCAAGGGUCUGGGUCUGGAUCAGGAGGAAACCCAGAUGAUGUCCGAGCACCUAUCGCGCGGACUACUGAGACCUUGGUGGCACCCGGAUGGGGUGGUGGUGAGCACGAUGAUGGAAUGGAGGCAGCUUUUCUAGAAGAGUUGCGACGCAGGCGGCGGGCAAAUCCACCCAAUCGUGCUGGAGGACCAUUCUCCCAGCAAAUAUGGGCCGACCCUGACAGCCGCCCUGCCCAGGCACCCGAGAAUGGAGCCCACGCAAGACGUCUUGUAGAUUUGUUCCGACCACCUUACGAUUUGAUGGCGCGCAUGUCUUGGGAUGACGCCCGUACCCUAGGCAAGGAAGACAAGAAGUGGAUCUUGGUUAAUCUCCAAGACAUGAACGACUUCAACUGCCAGGCGCUGAACCGUGACAUUUGGAAGGACGAGGCUAUUAAAUCUCUGGUCUCAGAGAACUUCAUUUUCCUACAGUACGACAAGGACUUCCCGGAUGCCGAGGAGUUUGUGACGUUUUAUUUCCCCAACCAAACACACGAGAACCCUGAUAACUACCCACAUGUCUCGAUCAUCGACCCCCGAACGGGCGAGCAAGUCAAGGUUUGGACUGGACGACCUUUCCCCUCCGCGCAAGAAUUCCAUGCCGAACUCGCCGAGUUCCUCGACCGCUACAGUCUCGCGGCCAAUAGCAAGAACCCGGUUGCGAAGUCGACAGCACGAAAGCCACAGAGAGUGGAUGUCGAUCGCAUGACUGAGGAUGAGAUGCUUGAAAUGGCUUUGAAGAACAGUCUGGAGGGCGCUACAGGAAGCGGAGGUUCCUCGACACCUAACCUUCAUGAUCCCGAUGCUUUAACCAAAGAUCCUCGCCCCGAGGAAGGCAAAGGAAAAGAACCUGAAGCUCCAGUUGAGCAAAGUCCUUGGGCUCAAAUUUCGAGCACCACCCCCCAUACCGAGCCAGAGGCCAACCCAACAACUACUACGCGCAUUCAAUUCCGACACCCUACCGGUCGUGUCAUUCGACGAUUCAAUCUUGAUGAUUCAGUCCGCAGAAUUUACGAAUGGCUCAAGGCUGAGCCACUGGAAGGCAAAGAAGGGAUCGAAUUCGAGCUUAAGAAAAUGCCUGCCGGCCAGGAUCUCAUCGAGAGCCUGGACACGACCGUUGCAGAUGCAGGUCUGAAGCAAGGGACAGUCAUGAUUGAGUUCAUCGAGGACUGA